AUGGAAGAAAUGAGAAGACAAAUCCAACAGUUACAAGAAACUGUAAAUGCACAACAAGCACAAUUGGAAGACCAACACAUGCAAUCAGACGUUGAUGAAUCAAGUAACGAAUCAUCAUCAUUAAGAAGUCGUCGUCCACAAAGACAAUCAUUUAGAGACAACGACAUCAAGGUAGAUAUUCCUGAUUUUGAAGGAAAGCUACAUCCAGAUGAGUUCGUUGAUUGGCUCCAAACUGUUGAACGAGUCUUCGAGUAUAAAGAGAUACUUGAGGAAAAGAAAGUCAAGAUCAUUGCUGUAAAAUUAAAGAAGCAUGCCUCCAUUUGGUGGGAAAAUCUAAAAACGAAGCGAGCCCGUGAAGGAAAAAGCAAGAUCAAGACUUGGGAGAAAAUGCGUCGAGAACUAAGCAAAAAGUUCUUGCCUUCUCACUAUUAUCAAGAUAGUUUUAUUCAACUACAGAACCUUCGUCAGAAAAACUUGUCUGUAGAAGAAUACACUAGAGAAUUUGAGAAGUUAAUGAUGAAGUGCGACAUUCAUGAAAGGGAGGAGCAGACAAUAGCUCGUUACCUUGGUGGAUUAAACACUGACGUUGCUCAUCCAGUUCAGCUCCAACAAUACUGGUCAUUAGACGAUGUUGUUCGUUUGGCCAUGCGAGUGGAGAAACAUUUACCGAAGAAGCAUUCUUAUAGGAAUUUUUCCUCCACUGAGAAUUCUUCUUAUCCCCGCAAAACAGACAACGAUCAGCCUAGUACUUCUACAAAACCUUCUCCUAAAACCACUACAGAAAAUAAACCCAAAGCUACCAAGUGUUUCAAAUGUCAAGGUUUUGGACAUAUAGCUUCAAAUUGUCUAACACGAAGAACCAUCACCAUCAUCAAAGGAGAAGCUUAUGAAGAUGUUGAUGAGGAAACAAACCGAGAUGAACCAGAAAAAGAAGAAGUGUUAGAGCCAAUUUAUGAUGAAGAGCUCAUUGUUGCUGAUCAUGGCGAGUCUCUGGUGAUCAGACGAAGCCUACACGCGAUGUUAGCUCAAGAAGAGCAUUGGUUGAGGAAAAACAUUUUCCAUACUCGUUGCACCACUGCUGGAAAAGUUUGUGAUGUUAUAAUAGACAGUGGUAGUUGUGAAAAUGUGGUGUCGAACUACAUGGUAGAGAAGUUAGAGAUGCCAACACAAAGUCAUCCUCAUCCUUACAAACUACAAUGGCUCAACAAAGGUAGUGAAGUGAAGGUUACGAAGCGUUGCCUUGUGAGUUUUUCCAUUGGUCAAAAGUAUCAAGAUCAAGUUUGGUGUGAUGUCGUCCCAAUGGAUGCAUGUCAUCUUCUCCUUGGAAGACCCUGGCAAUACGAUCGUCGUGCCCAUCAUGAUUGUUAUGCCAACACCUACUCCUUUGUCAAAGAUGGAGUAAAAAUCAAGUUAACUCCAUUACCACCGAGUGGACUUGAUAAAAACAAAAAUGAGUCCAAGCCAUUAGUGUCUUUAAUCACUAAGACUCAGUUCAAAGAAGCUGUGGACGAAGUCCAAACCAUGAGCUUUAUUCUAAUGUUCGAAGAAAAUGCAGAAACUAUCCUUCCAGUAGAAAUUGAACAAAUGCUCAGUGAAUUCCCAGAUGUAGUACCAGAAGAUGUUCCACAAGGAUUGCCGCCGAUGCGAGACAUUCAACAUGCUAUUGACUUUAUUCCUGGAGCUGUCAUUCCUAAUAGACCAGCUUAUAGAAUGAGUCCACAAGAGCAUGCUGAAAUCACACGUCAAGUUGAAGAAUUGCUGAAGAAAGGACUAAUACAGGAAAGUGUUAGCCCUUGUGUUGUUCCUGCAAUUUUAGUACCCAAAAAGGAUGGAAGCUGGAGAAUGUGUGUUGAUAGUCGAGCUGUCAACAAGAUUACCAUCAAGUAUCGAUUUCCGAUACCUAGACUUGAUGAUUUAUUAGAUCAGUUGCAUGGUGCCACCAUCUUUUCAAAGAUUGAUCUUCGAAGUGGAUACCAUCAAAUCAGGAUUAGGCCAGGAGAUGAAUGGAAGACUGCAUUCAAAACAAGAGAUGGCUUAUAUGAAUGGACAGUGAUGCCCUUUGGGUUAUCUAAUGCUCCAAGUACCUUCAUGCGUCUAAUGAAUCAAGUACUUCGACCAUUCAUUGGCAAAUUUGUAGUUGUAUACUUUGACGAUAUUUUGAUCUACAGCAAACACAAAGAGGAACACUUAGAGCAGCUUCGACAAGUGCUACAAACUCUUCGCGAACAAAAACUCUAUGCAAAUUUGAAGAAAUGUUCUUUUCUAACUAAUGAGGUUACUUUUCUGGGUUACAUAAUCACUGCUAAAGGUAUUCGAGUUGACCCCAGCAAGGUUGAGGCUAUCAAUAGCUGGUCUAUUCCAAAGUCAAUUCAUGAUGUGAGAAGUUUCCAUGGAUUAGCUUCAUUGUAUAGAAGGUUCAUCAAGAACUUUAGCUCUGUUGCUGCCCCGCUUACAGAUUGCAUAAAGGGAGAUAAGUUCCAAUGGACCGAGCAAGCACAAAAGAGUUUUGACCACCUAAAACAACUUUUGACUGAAACACCAGUGCUAGCCCUUCCCAACUUUGACCAGGUGUUCGAAGUAAGUUGUGACGCUUCCAAUUCAGGAAUUGGUGCGGUUCUAUGUCAAGAAGGUCAUCCUAUAGCCUUCUUUAGUGAAAAGCUCAACAAUGGUAAACUUAGAUACUCAACAUAUGAUAAAGAAUUUUAUGCCAUUGUCCGAGCCUUGCAACAUUGGAGUCAUUACUUGUUGAAUAAAGAAUUUAUUCUUUAUUCUGAUCAUGAAGCCCUCAAGCAUUUGAAUUCUCAACAAAAGAUCAAUCGCAGGCAUGCCGCUUGGAGUGAGUUUUUACAAGCUUAUCCGUUCUUACUAAAACAUAAGGCAGGAGUUCAAAAUGUUGUUGCAGAUGCUCUUAGCAGGCGUCAUACUCUACUUGCCACUAUGCAAAUGAAAGUCAUUGGAUUUGAGACAGUCAAAGAGUUAUACAAAGAUGGUCCAGAUUUUCAAAAGUUUUGGAAUGCCACUGAUUCACAAUCCUCUCAGGACUACUACAGACAUGAGGGAUUUUUGUUCAAAGGAAAAACCUUAUGUAUUCCUCUGUGCUCUCUACUGAAGCCAUUAUUUGGGAAGCCCAUGAUGGAGGAUUAG